UCUCCUGGAGGCGACUGCGGGAGUGGUGGGAGCGCGCGGCCCGGGGACCCGCAUUCCCCGGCCCCGCUCCGCCCCACGCGGCCGGGACCAUGGACGCCAGGUGGUGGGCAGUGGUGCUGCUGGCUGCGCUCCCCUCCCUCGGGGCAGGUGGAGAGAACCCCGAAGGCCCUCUGGAGUCAUGGACCCAGCUAUGGUUCUUCCGCUUUUUGGUGAACGCGGCUGGCUAUGCGAGCUUUAUGGUACCUGGCUACUUGCUGGUGCAGUACUUCAGGCGGAAGAACUACCUGGAGACAGGCAGGGGUCUCUGCUUCCCCCUGGUGAAAACUUGUGUGUUUGGCAACGAGCCCAAGGCCCCGGAUGAGGUUCCUCUGGUUCCCCGGGCAGAGCCAGCAGAGACCAGUCCCACUUGGCAAGCCCUGAAGCUGCUCUUCUGUGCUGCGGGGCUCCAGGUGUCUUAUCUGACGUGGGGAGUGCUGCAGGAAAGAGUGAUGACCCGCAGCUACGGGGCCACGGCCACAUUGCCAGGUGAGCGCUUCUCGGACUCACAGUUCCUGGUGCUAAUGAACCGCGUCCUGGCACUGAUGGUGGCGGGCCUCUACUGCAUCUUAUGCAAGCAGCCCCGGCAUGGGGCACCCAUGUACCGGUACUCCUUUGCCAGCCUGUCGAAUGUGCUCAGCAGCUGGUGCCAAUAUGAAGCUCUCAAGUUCGUCAGCUUCCCCACCCAGGUGCUGGCCAAGGCCUCCAAGGUGAUCCCGGUUAUGCUGAUGGGAAAAUUGGUGUCUCGGCGCAGCUAUGAGCAUUGGGAAUAUCUGACCGCCGGCCUCAUCUCCAUCGGGGUCAGCAUGUUUCUGCUGUCCAGCGGACCGGAGCCCCACAGCUCCCCAGCCACCACGCUCUCAGGCCUCAUCCUGUUGGCAGGUUACAUUGCCUUUGACAGCUUCACCUCCAACUGGCAGGAUGCCCUGUUUGCCUAUAAGAUGUCAUCGGUGCAGAUGAUGUUUGGGGUCAACUGCUUCUCCUGCCUCUUCACAGUGGGCUCCCUGCUAGAGCAGGGGGCUCUCCUGGAGGGCAUCCGCUUCAUGGGGCGACACAGCGAGUUUGCUGCCCAUACUCUGCUGCUGUCCAUCUGCUCUGCCUGUGGCCAGCUCUUCAUCUUCUACACCAUUGGGCAGUUUGGAGCUGCCGUCUUCACCAUCAUCAUGACCCUCCGCCAGGCUUUUGCCAUCCUCCUCUCCUGCCUUCUCUACGGCCACACUGUCACUGUGGUGGGGGGCCUGGGGGUGGCUGUGGUCUUUGCUGCCCUCCUGCUCCGAGUCUACGCCCGGGGCCGUCUAAAGCAGCGGGGAAAGAAGGUCGUGCCAGUCGAGUCAUCUGUGCAGAAGGUUUGAGGGGCCUGAGCGACGAAGUGAAUAGGACCCUCUCACUGUACCAGUUUUCCUGUCCUACUGUAACUUCUCGGAGGCAGCGGACUCCAGGGCAAAAUGCAGGUUUCUCAGUAUCACAGACCAGCUCUGCAGUUGGGGGUAGGGAGCCCAGGAGGCAGCCUUCCCCUUUGCCUUAAGUCCCCCAUCCUCUAGUGGGCAGGAUUCUUCCCAGGGUGGAUAUGACAGUGGGAAGGGGCAGGGGGCAGUGUUGAGAAGGCAGAGGCACCUUCCAAAGCCCCUCCCUCCUCCAAUUCCCUGAAGUCUUGCCCUGUAGGCUCUGCCAACGCCUCACCUGUGCUUGUCCCCUACCUUGAAUAUACCCACCCUUUGAGACUCCGAGAGAGACCUGCAUUUCUUACUCUGGCGAGAGAAGCACAAGUGUUGUAGGCUCCACAUGCUGCUUUCCCAGGAGAGUAAGUGAAAGAAGACGGUGCUGUGCUGCGGGAGGGUGAUGGGAGUCCCGCCCAGCACCACCACCCCCUCUGCUCCUGGAUCCCUAGGCUCUGCUCCAUGAGCCAGUUGCAGGUUUUGGUACUUUGGAAAUGUAACUUUUGCUCUUAUAAUUUUAUUUUAUUAAAUUGCUGCAGCGGGCUCAGUCCUGUGUUUUGGUUGACUGAAGUACAGACUUUCAAAUUCAGAUGGGUUAUGUCCGAUAAACCCAUCAGAAGUUGAAAAUGUGUUUAAUACACCUGACAUAGCUUACCCUACCUAAAACUUCCAUCAGCUCAAAACAUCCUACAGUUGCUGUUUUACAGGUGUCAGAUAUCUUAUUUAACUUAAUACUGAAAACGAAGACAGUGGUGGUUACGUGUACCACUUGUUUGUGGCCAGGUGGCUGGGAACUGCAGCUCAUUGCCCAGCCACACCAGUGAAGGUACCUCAUACUGUCAACCCAGGAAAAGAUCAGAACUCAAAAGUAGUUCCUACUGCAUGUGUGUGCUUUCGUAUCAGCACAGUAAAGUCAAAAAAUUUUGAGUGGAAGACCCUCUGUAUGUGCUUUAGGAAAGGGACUUUUUAAAGUGUUAUAUGGUAGUUCAAAGAUACCAUUUAUACCUUCAGUGUGUUUUUAAUCAGUAUUUUUAAAAACUGAAGUAUAGUUGAUUUAAUGUUAAUUUCUGCUGUACAGCAAAGUGAUUGUUACACAUUUUUUAAAGUACUGUUUUCCAUUAUGGUUUAUCAAAAGAUACUGAAUAUAAUUGUGCGCUAUACAGUAGGACCUUGUUGUUCAUCCAUUCUUGUUCACAUAAAAGCUUCCAUCUGCUAACCCCAACCUCCCAUUCCAUCCCUCCCCCAUCCCCCUUGGCAACUACCGGUCUGUUCUCUGUCCCCGAUUUGUUUCUGAUUCAGAGGUUCAUUUGUGUCAUACUUUACAUUCCACAUGUGAUAUCAUAUGGUGUUUCUUUUACUUAGCAUGGUAAUCUCUUAAUUGCAUCCAUGUUGCUGCAAAUGGCAUGAUUUCAUUGUUUUUUAUGGCUGAGUAGUAUUCCGUUGUAUGUAUGUACAUCAUCUUUAUCAUCUGUCAACAGACGUUUGGUUCCAUGUCUUGGCUAUUGUUAGUACUGCUGCAGACAUAGGGGUGCAUCUAUUUGAAUUAGUUUUGUCUGGAUAUAUGCCCAGGAGUGGAUUACUAGGUAUGGUAAUUCUAUUCUUAGUUUUCUGAGGAACCUCCAUACCCAUUUUCCACGGUGGCUGCACCAACCUACAUUCCCACCAACAGUGUAGGAGUGUUCCCUUUUCUCCACACCCUCUCCAGGCUUUUGUUAUUUGCAGAUUUUGUUUGGUUUUGUUUUUUGACCACGCAGCAUGCAAGGAUCUUAGUUCCUGAACCUGCGCCCACUACAGUGGAAGCACAGUCUUAAUCGCUGGACCGCCAGGGAAGUCCUGUUAUUUGCUUGCUUUUUAAUGUGAGGUGGUACCUCAUCGUCAUUUUGAUUUGCAUUUCUCCAGUAACUGGCUAUGUUGAACAUCUUUUCAUGUGCCUAUUGGCCAUGUGUAUGUCUUCUUUGGAGAGAUGUCUAUUUUGGUCUUCUGCCCAUAUUUUAAUUAGAUUGUUUUAUUAACUUGUAUGAGCUCUUUGUAUUAUUUUGGAAAUUAAGCCCUUGUCAGUCGCAUCAUUUGCAAAUAUUUUCUCCCAUUCUGUA